UUACGUGAAUUCAAUGAUCACUAAAUUUCUGUAAAAUACUGGAAUGAUAUUUCCUUAGUUUUUGUUUCUAAUUCAAUUCUCCAGAUUUUACUCUUCGACAAGUACGCUUUACUUGUAAGUGCAAUCGCAGCAUCUGAUUCUUAAGGGUCUCCAUCAUGGCUCAGAACCCAGGCAAGAAAAUUUUUUGAAAUCCCAAUUUAAGCAUCCGUAUUAUGUGAAGUGUAGAAAAUAAUCAUAUUAAGCUAAGCAGCGGAAAAUGGCGAUACUGAAUAAGCAUAAUGAAAGACUUGUGGGCGUGUUGCAUGAGACUGAAUCUACAGAAAUUGUAGUUUUGUGCCAUGGUUUUCAAUCUUCGAAGGAGUUCAACAUCAUGAUCAACAUUGCCAGUGCUCUAGAAUACCAAGGAAUCAGUGCAUUUCGCUUUGAUUUUGCUGGAAAUGGGGAAAGUGAAGGUUCGCUUCAGUUUGGUAACGAAUUUAGAGAAGCAGAAGAUUUACGAGCUGUGAUAGAAUAUUUUACUGGAGCAAACCGUACAGUAGCUGCAAUUCUUGGGCACAGUAAAGUUGAUUCUCUGCCUAUUACUGGGAGAAAUGCAGGUGGCAAUGUUGUACUCUUAUAUGCAUCAAAAUAUCAUGAUAUACCUAGUGUGGUCAAUGUUUCUGGCCGCUAUGAUCUCAAGAGAGGCAUUGAACAGCGCUUGGGUAAAGAGGUCUUAGAAAGAAUAGAGAGGGAUGGAUACGUCAAUAUCAAAAAUAAAAAAGGAGAAUUCGAUUUCAAAGUCACCAAGGAGAGUUUGAUGGAGCGGCUUAAUACAAACAUGCAUGAAGCAUGUCUUUCAAUUGACAAGAGAUGCAGGGUGUUGAUAGUUCAUGGAUCAGUUGAUGAAGUCAUUCCAGUCGAAGAUGCGUCGGAGUUUGCCAAGAUCAUACCGAACAAUCGAUUGCAAAUCAUAGAAGGAGCUGAUCAUGUAUACACGUCCCAUCAAGAGGAACUAGUUUCAGUCGUUUUGCCUUUCAUAAAGGAACAGUGUCUGCAGCAGGGAAAAAAUGCCUCUGAAUAGUUUAGUGGUCUCUAAACUAUGCAUUUGAAUUUUAUUUUUAUGUGUUGUGUGUUGUGAAAAUUAAUGAUUUAUUUUCUUUGGAUCAUCUUCCCUUAGACAAAGCAAUAAAUUGAAUGAAGUGGCAGAAAAUAGGACUUUGUUGUUACUUGAUUUAUUGUGUGAUCUGCACAUUUAUGUUUUUUUCAA